GGCGGGCAGACAGGCAGAGGUGGGGAGGAACGUGGGGAGAGAAACGGUGAGAAGGACAGCGGCUGGGAGGACAGAGAGUCAUUGAGAAACAGACAGACGGACAGAGGCCUGGCCCCACAAAGAGUCAGAAAGAUGAAGACGGACAGAUGAAUUCCAAGAACCUAACAGAGAGGGGAUCUCUGAGGGCCCAGGGCUGAGAGAGCUAAAUCCAGGUACUGAGUCUGAGAUAAGGGGUAAGGGCCCCCAACACUGGGGUGCCCCUCUUCCAAGCACAUCCCAGACUGGUGUCUUAGCCAAAGGCAGCUUCUGGCCAAGUUGAUCUAUCCCUCUGGCCCUUCCAAGUAUCCUCACCCUCUGAUGGUGCGACCCCUCCCUGUUGGUUCCAGCCCACCAUCUCCCCUCCCUGGUAUCCCAGCAACUCUGGCAGUUUAGGAGAGGUAGAGGUAAAGUGGUUGCCAUAGCAACAGAGGUGGUGAAAGGUCACUUGGCCUUAGCCUAGAUGGCCCUGCAGCAGGCCAGGGCUGAGAUCCAGGGAGGCUGGGAGUGGGGGAGAAGGAGCCCUUAUGGCGCAGUGGUUAACUGCUUGGCUGCUAACCGAAGCGUCAACGGUUUGAACCCACUAGCUGCUCCACAGGAGAAAGAUGUGGCAGUUUGCUUCCGUAAAGAUUUACAACCUUGGAAACCCUAUGGGGCAAGUUUACUCUGUCCUAUAGGGUCGCUAUCAGUUGCAAUCGACUCCACGGUGACAAGUCUUUGGUGUUGGGGUGGGAGUCUGCAAAGCUUUUUCUCCUCUCCCACCCUGCCCAGAAUGGUGCUGGAAGGAAACCCUGAAGUGGGGUCCCCCCAAACCUCAGACCUCCGGCACCCUGGGAGCAAGGGCUCUUGCGUCCUCUCGUCUCCGGGUGAAGAUGCGCAGCCAGGCGAGGAGCCCAUCAAGUAUGGUGAACUCAUCGUACUGGGAUGCUGUGAGGAAGGAGGUGAGGAAACCGAGGCUCAGAGAGGGGAAGUGACUGGCCCAAGGGCACACAGCUGCUACAAUGGGUGUCUGGCAAGUGGGGACAGAGGCCGCCGGCGGAGUCGCCUGGCACUGAGCCGCCGGCCACACGCCAACGGGGUGAAGCCGGACGUCAUGCAUCACAUCUCCACUCCACUCGUCUCCAAGGCACUGAGUAACCGUGGCCAGCACAGCAUUUCCUACACACUGUCCCGGAGCCACUCAGUCAUAGUGGAGUACACGCACGACAGUGACACAGACAUGUUCCAGAUCGGCCGCUCCACUGAGAAUAUGAUCGACUUUGUGGUGACAGACACGUCCCCUGGAGGAGGGGCUGGGGAGGGUCCCUCCACCCAGAGCACCAUCUCCCGCUAUGCCUGCCGCAUCCUCUGUGACCGCCGGCCGCCGUACAUUGCCCGCAUCUAUGCUGCUGGCUUCGAUGCAUCCAGCAACAUCUUUCUUGGAGAGCGGGCUGCCAAAUGGCGGACACCUGAUGGCCUGAUGGAUGGCCUGACCACCAACGGGGUUCUGGUGAUGCACCCGGCCGGCGGCUUCUCCGAGGACUCGGCCCCAGGCGUCUGGCGGGAGAUCUCGGUCUGCGGGAACGUGUACACGCUGCGGGACAGCCGCUCGGCCCAGCAGCGGGGGAAGCUGGUGGAAAACGAAUCCAAUGUGCUACAGGACGGCUCACUCAUCGACCUGUGCGGGGCCACGCUGCUGUGGCGCACGCCAGCUGGGCUGCUGCGUGCACCCACGUUGAAGCAGCUGGAGGCCCAGCGGCAGGAGGCCAAUGCAGCUCGGCCCCAGUGCCCCGUGGGCCUCAGCACCUUGGCCUUCCCAAGCCCAGCCCGGGGCCGCACGGCCCCCGACAAGCAGCAGCCCUGGGUCUAUGUCCGCUGCGGCCAUGUCCACGGCUACCAUGGCUGGGGCUGCCGGCGGGAGCGGGGCCCACAGGAGCGUGAGUGUCCCCUCUGCCGCCUCGUGGGGCCCUACGUGCCACUGUGGCUUGGCCAGGAGGCCGGCCUCUGUCUGGACCCUGGACCACCCAGCCAUGCCUUUGCGCCCUGUGGUCACGUCUGCUCCGAGAAGACUGCCCGCUACUGGGCCCAGACACCACUGCCCCAUGGCACUCACGCUUUCCAUGCUGCCUGCCCCUUCUGUGGGGCCUGGCUCACCGGUGAGCAUGGCUGUGUCCGCCUCAUUUUCCAGGGGCCGCUGGACUAGGUUCCCUAGGGCCUCCUGCUGCUGCACCCGCUGCCCACCCAGGGCACCAACCUCCUGCAGCCCAGAGGAGCUCUGCAUGUGGGACCCAACCUGCUGGCCAACAGCCACCCCAGAUGGACGCAUUGGAUGGGCUGUGCCCCCUCCCCUCUUAGCGGGUCCCUGAGAUUCCUACCCCAGUCAGAAGGGUGGGGCUCGAUACCAGCUCUGCCCUGGACUGGUGGAGGGUGGCUCCCCAUGCCCCUGCCCUUCCUUGGGCAUCCUUCCUCAUGCCGCCUACACUGUGCCCCUGGGGGAGUGAAGGGGCCUAGGGGCCCCUGACCCCAGCUCAGGCUGGCUGCGCCCUGAGCCUGCUGACCCAGUUUCAGAUACUCGCCUUCCUGCUGCUGCCCUGGGUUCCUCUAUAAACCUCGCUGCUCAGCUGCCCUCACAAGUCCCACGUGUCCCGCAUGCGUGCAACGCCUCCAGCCCUGAGCCAGUGACGAGUGGGUGGCAGGCUGGGACCAGCAUCUGCUGAUACCUGCAGUAGGCUGGACUCCAUGCCCUGCGGGCGCUGAGGACACAGAGACAGUGAGACCUGGCUCCCCAUCUGGUGGAGUCCACAGUCUAGUGGAGGACAGGCCAAGUUACCAGAUGCCAGCACAGCUUCCUCUGGGCUAGAACCAGAAGUGCCAAGGGCCAUGGAGCAGGGCCUGCUGCCUGGCUGGGAAGUGAGAGAGGGGACAGAAGAGCCCAGCCUCGACGGGUGAUCAGGAUCCUCCAGGCCCACAAGGUUGGGAGGGUGCUCUGGGAAGAAGGAGAAGCCCUGCAAAGGCUCAGGUGUAUGUAAGCAGGGAACCGCACGGGAGAGACUCAGAGGGCCGGGAGCCUCGGCUGCAGGUGGGCAGAGAGGGGACUGGAGCCAGGGGUCGGCCAUGCUAUUGGGGGAAGGUGCUGGAUGGAGAAUUCUGAACCUCAAUUUCUGGACAGCGAGGAGUUGACCGAGGGAGGAGGGAAGAUGCGUGUUCUCAGAGUGUUGGCUGUAACACAAGGGCUACCAUGACCAAAUGUCCACCGUGUGCCCCGUACUGUGCUAAUGAUAAUAACAACGACAUUCAUUGAGCACUCACCAGGCACGGGCUCUGCUUCUCUGAGGCUUUGUUACUUAAUCCUCCAGUAACCCAGGGAGGGAGGUGUUACUAUUUCUGUUGUCAGAGAGAUUAGGGCACCUGCUCCAAGUCACACAGCUAUAAAGUAGCCAAGGCAAGAUUUCAACCGGCUGCCUGACUAGCCUCAGAGCCUGCCCUCCUUGGACAAGGGUGAGAUGCACCGAACAGGGUUUAGAGGCUGUUCUGGCAAGGAGCUGGAGGAUGGCUUUGUGGACACCCACCUCCUCAGCGUCCGGCCCCAUGUAGGGUACUGGUGAUGGCACUGCCCCUGUACUGGCCAUCUGCACCCCAGGCCUAGGCCAGAUGCAGAGGGGAGAUGGCCAGGCAGGAGAGCUCUGAGGAGUGAGAAACGGGGGCUCAUGAGAAAGCGCAGGGAGGAGCUGGGGCCUGAGCCAAGUCUUGAGUGGCUCAGAGUGUUGCCAGAAUCAGGGAGGAGGUGGGAGAGUAGCCCAGGCGAGGGGAGUAGCACGGGCAGAGGUGGAGCAGGAAAAAUGCUGGAGAACUAGUGAGCUGGGUGUGGAGGGGCAGGGCUAGGCAGGGCUCUGAUGUGGACCUCAGUUCAUUUUGACUAAGUGCUGUUUUCAUCUGUGAGCCAGAGGCCAAGCUCGGGUUGUUGCUGGCAUUGCCCCUGAACCAUUCCUGGGGAACCAGCCAGGAGGACAGGUAGGUGGAGUUCUGGAGGGAGGAAAAUCUGAGGAAGAGGCUCUGAGCACAAGUCUGACCUGGGCAUCAUCCCCAGUGGAAGACAGAGCCUUAGAGGGUAUGGGCUUCCAGAGGAGGGAGCUGCCCAAGGCCACACAGCUGGUUGGGGGCAGAAACACCAGACCUGGGGUGGUUGGGAGGAGAGAGGACACCAGCAGGUAGUGAGAGGGGGGUGAUGUGAUCAGAUUCCUGCUUCUAGAACAUUCCACCAGCCACAGUGGCAGAGCCCGGCUGGGGAGGUUGGGCUGGAUGUGGGUACUUUUCAAGACACACGUACAUACAAAAACUCUAGGAAAUCAACUCUCCCCAGCUGUUUUCUCUCUGGGAACCAGGCAGGGGAACAUUUCGAUCCCAUUUCCAACAGGGAACCUCAGACUCUGGGAGAAGCGAUAGGCUAGCCAGGGCCGGAGGUCAGGCUUCAGCUUAGGGCACCACACAGGCCCAGGAGAACUCUGAGGUGGUGAUAGAGGGGUCCUCAGCUCUGCUGUUUCCAGCUCUCAGGGCUCCAGCUUCUUCAGCUGCUAAAUGGGAAUUAUAAUCCUGACCUCAGAACCUGGGUGGUACAAGCAAUUUGCUAUCGGCUGCUAACCUAAAGGUUGACGGUUUGAACCCACCCAGUGGCUCCUGGAAGAAAGGCUUAGCGAAAUGCUUCCGUAAAGAUUACAGCCAAGAAAGCCCCCAUGGAGCAGUUGUACUCCGUAACACAUGCAUGGGGUCACCAUGAACAGCAGUUAACAGCAAUGACCUCGCCAAGUGGUUGUGAAUAUGUAGAGGGCACCAGUAACAUGUUGUGUGCUGUUGAGUUGGUUCCAACUCAUAGCGAUCCUAUGGACAGAGUAGAACUGCCCCAUAGGGUUUCCUAGGCUGUAAUCUUUAUGGGGAGCCCUGGUGGUGCAGUGGUUAAGAGCUUGGCUGCUAACCAAAAGAUUGGCAGUUUGAAUCCACUAGCCACGUACUCUGCCCUACAGGGGCACUAUGAGUCGGAAUGGACUUGAUGGCAACAGUAAUAAUGUUACUUUCUCACUUACCUCUUCUUUAUUCCCAUGGGGAAGAGCCAAGGCACUGCUCGGUGAGACACUGUAUGUGUGUUCAAGGCAGAGGGAAGGGACAAUGUCAUAGGAGGCCUGAGUGGGGCAAGGCCAGUUUGGGGACAUGCUGUGUGGCCUUAGGGAAGGCAAUGAACCUUCCUUAGCCUCAGUUUUCCCUGAGAGAAUGAUGGUACCCUACGCAAGGUUGUUGCAAGAAUUAAAUGAGCUUCUUCGUGUUGAGCUGCUAGCGCAGGACCUCAGGAAACGCCCGUUUAAACUAUGACCAUAAAAAUCCAGCGCCACUGGAGUCUCAAGAGUACUUCAGAAAUGUUUUUCCUGCCUGAGCUGCCCUCUGGUGGCAGUGGGCAGGCAGCACUACCCCCAUAACCUGUGCACCUUUCAACUUCACCCAAGUCAGAAAAAGCUUUAUACCCAUUUUAAAGGUGAUGAAAAUGGAGGCACAGGGAAGAAGAGAGGUGACUUUCCUAAGGACAUAGUCCAAUUUACCGAUAACCCCGUAUAAUGAUAAUCAUCCUAACAGUAGCACUGAUGUGCCAAGUAUCUGCCUAGCCAAUGGGCAUCUUUGUAAAUGAGAAACUGGUUCCGGUAGGGGCAGACGCUGCUCUGGGCCGAGAAACAAGCGUGGCAAAGGCGUGGCAGGGUAGUGUACUGAAUUUCAGACCGCACCACCCCACCUUUGCACAAAUCUAGGGGGCAGCACUGCCCAGUCAAAACCUCACAGCAACCCUUGGAGUGGAUACAAUUAUUAGCCCCGUCUCCCCGCUGAGGGUGGCAAGGCUAAGGAGGUGAAGUAACCCAGCCACGGCGCACCCCAGUCACUGAUUCCACCUCAGGCGACAGCCACGGCUCGGCCAGCCUCUGACCCGGGACCUGCGGGAUGCUCCCACCGAGGCUGUCUCCUACACAUACAAGUGGCUGGCUCUCCCCUGCGCAAACUUUGGGGGUUGCAGGCCGCUUUUUCAUUUAUCAGGCGCCUGACAAGCAGUCCAAAGUGCCAGGACCCUUCCUCCU